CUCAAAAUUGAUUUACCUUUCAUUUGGCAAGAAGCAAUACCUUUUCCAGGCGGUUCGUCCAAACAACUCUAUCGAUUUGUAAGGUAUUUAGAAAGUUGUCGGGUUGGAGAAUUAAUUUGAAUAAUCGCCGACAAUUCGUAUUAAUGGAAUCAUUAGCUGGUAAUGCGAGUUCCAAAAUGUUGCGCACUUUAUGAAUGGAUAUAUUCAGAGAUACACCUGGAAGCUCUACUCAAUUCAAGUCGGAGCUCUGGUUGAACGCUCUCCCAUGGCUAUGAAAAUCCUGCGUGAUUUGGAGGGCGUGGCCAGGCCCACACAGCUGUGUGCUCUGCUGCCCUUUUUCAGCGGCAAUCAGUCGGAGAGCUUUGGCAUCAGUUCCCGGGGCAAGCUAUAUGGACGCAUUUUGGCUCUGCUGCUGCUCGUGUCGUCGGUGUUAUUCUGCGAGGAUGUGCUGUUCGCCUCGCAGGAUUACAAGCUGAUGGCGCAUUCGCAGGGCGACACCGAGGACAUAAAUCGCACCAUUGAGACGCUCUUCUGCAUCGCCAGCUAUACGAUAAUUGUCAUCUCGAGUGUCCUGAAUGGAGCCAAGCAUUUUCGCACAAUACGUGAUCUCUCCCAGCUGGAUGGGUAUCUGGAGGCGCACGGCUAUGCGGCGAGCUAUAGCUGCCGAUUUCUGGGCACACUGCUGGUGCUGGCCUCGGCGAGCGUUGUCCUGGUCGCCUUCUACUAUAUACACUUCCUGAGCGAGAUCGACGCGCGGCGUCAGUGCAUCCUCAUCCUGAUCUACAGCCUGCAGAUGCUCUACUCCUGCAUGUUUGCGCUCUACCUGCGCACCAUACUCAUGGGUCUGGCGCUGCGGAUCGAGUUCCUCAAUGGACGGCUUGAUCUGUUCACGCAGAAGGAUAGACAGCUCUACGACAAGGACGACUGGUGUGAGCUGAGCAACCUGAUCGAGAUACUCUGCAAGUUUCGCUACAUUACGGAGAACAUGAAUUCGGUAACUGGUGUCGCGCUGCUCUUCUUCUUUGGCUUCUCCUUCUACACGGUCACCAACCAGAGCUACUUGGCCUUCUCCACGCUGACCACGCCCGACCAACUGCGCAAGGAGGGGCACGACACGAUGGGCCUCUCCUGCGCCUGGGUGCUGGCCGAGACCGCAAUCAUGGGCGUCAUUUGCAGCUCCUUCGAUUGCCUGGCCUCUGAGGCCAAUACCACAUCACAGAUACUGGCGCGAGUCUAUGGCAAGAGCAAGGAGUUUCAAAAUAUUAUUGACAAAUUUCUGACCAAGAGCAUUAAGCAGGAGGUACAAUUCACGGCAUAUGGUUUCUUUGCAAUAGACAACUCGACGCUUUUUAAGAUCUUUUCAGCUGUCACCACGUAUUUGGUCAUUUUGAUACAAUUUAAACAGCUCGAGGAUUCGAAACUGGAGGAACAAUUACAGGAAACGCACUAAAUAUAAAUUUAUAUAUAUACUGUUUAAAUUUAUUAGCUAUAUUUA